GUGGCGUUGAACACCAGCAAUGCCCCCCCCUGUCAGUCAAAGGUCAGGGCGGAGCCGGCGAACAGGCACACCCUCUUAGGCCACGCCCACAUGAAGGAGGCCCUCGGUCGUCAUAGCAACAUGAAGUACAGGAAUCUUGGGAAAUCUGGCCUGAGAGUGUCCUGCUUAGGGCUGGGAACAUGGGUGACAUUCGGCUCUCAGAUCUCCGAUGAGAUGGCGGAGAGUGUGAUGUCGGUGGCGUACGACAGCGGAGUGAACUUGUUCGACACAGCAGAGGUUUACGCCUCAGGGAGGGCAGAGACGACUCUGGGAAACAUCCUGAAGAAGAAAGGAUGGAGGAGGUCCAGCUACGUGGUGACCACUAAGAUCUACUGGGGAGGACAGGCGGAGACAGAGCGAGGGUUGUCACGGAAACACAUCAUCGAAGGUCUGCGUGGAUCUCUCUCCAGGUUACAGCUGGAUUACGUGGACAUCGUCUUCGCCAACAGGAGUGACAUCAACGCACCGAUGGAGGAAGUCGUUCGUGCGAUGACCUUUGUGAUCGAUCAGGGCCUCGCCAUGUACUGGGGAACGUCACGCUGGAACGCCGUGGAGAUCAUGGAGGCGUACUCUGUGGCCCGGCAGUUUAACCUGGUUCCUCCGGUGUGUGAACAGUCCGAGUAUCAUUACUUCCAGAGAGACAAAGUGGAGCUGCACCUGCCUGAACUUUACCACAAGAUAGGUGUCGGAGCCAUGACCUGGUCUCCGUUAGCCUGCGGCCUGCUGACGGGGAAGUACAACGAGGGAGUCCCCGAGAGCUCCAGAGCCGCCAUGAAGGGGUAUGCGUGGCUGAAGGAGCGUCUCUGCAGUGAUGAGGGGAAGAAGCAGCUCAGUAAAAUCAAAGAGCUCCACCUGCUGGCCGACAGGCUGAAGUGCACUGCUGCUCAGCUGGCUAUAGCUUGGUGUCUACGUAGUGAAGGUGUCAGCUCGGUUCUUCUGGGAGUGUCCAACACAGAGCAGCUGCUGGAGAACCUCGGUUCUAUCAGGGUUCUGUCUCAGCUGACUCCGCCCCUCAUUGCAGAGAUGGACGCGUUACUCGGCAACAAGCCGCGAAACGGAAAGAAGGAGGCAAGGAGCUGAGGAGGAGAAGGAGAAAGACAAAGUAAUAAAAUGAUCAGAAAACUGAGAGUACAAGAAGAAAGGAUGAACUCUGAGGAGACAAGGAAGGAGAUAAGGGAAUAAGGAAGAAGACAAGGACACAAGGAAGGACAUCUGGAAUAAUAAACAAUAUUUAUUCUUCAGGGACGACCACAUCUUUGUCCUUGUGGAGAAGGAGACAGCAGAGAGACUUCGGUUCCUUCAGAUGAUCAGAAAAAUAUCAGAAAUAUUUAUUCUUAUAUUAAUCCUGAGACUCCGGCAAAGAACCACCAUCUGAAGCCAUCAAUAAUCAUAAUCCUCAGGCUGCUGGAUUAUGAACGUUUUUUUUAAAGUUUAUCCAUGAGCGCAUGUUAGAGUUUAGUCUCAUGAUUACAGUUCAAUACGCAUCCAAUAAUCGAUAAUUAAUCAGAUUCAAAGAAGAAAAAGGCAGCUGUCUUUCUGUACGAGGCUCUGAACUCUCCUGUAUUCUCUGACUGCAGUAUAUUUACUAUAAACUAUAAAUCUAUAUUUUAUGAAUGUAGUUCCUGUAGUCUUUAGAUUCAGGCCCAGUGGUGCUCAACCUGAGGGGUUGGGACCUUUUAGCGGUCAUCAACUCGUCACACAAAUCCGUGAUUCAUGUUGAAAGUUGGAAAUUAUUUCUUUCCAACACAUUCUCACUCAUUACAUAUGGACACUUGGUCAAGACCCCUUGAGCCCUGGGAUUGGUUUUUGACAUGUAGGGCUCCGUGGUCAAGUUAACCACUAAAACUACUAAGUUAGGUUUAGGAAAAGAUCAUGGUUUGGGUUAAAAUUACUUACUUGCUUGACAUCACUUAUGCAUGUCAAGUAAAGUUAUUUGCGUAUUUAACACAUUCAAUGUCGACUUCUUGUUGCACAUGAGAAACGAACACCGGCCUUCUGGGUGAAAGUCCGGUUUCUGGCCCACCGCUCACCCCAACCACCUCCUUACUCAGACUUAUAUAUACUUAUUAUAUUAAAUAUCCUAUACCUACCUAGUGUACAAAAAUGACGCUACCGGUCUUCACCCAGUGUUACACAAAGAAUGAGAACGGGUUGUUCUUUAAUUUCCUGUGAAGCAUAUAUAAAAUGUUUU